CUUCGCCAUCCCAUCGAUAUGUCCGAUAUGGAUAAACAACGCAAACUCGUCCUUUAUAAGUCUCCUACCUAUCGCGUCCGUAUCUCCCCCUCUACCCUCCUCUCCCUUUCUUUCUCGUCAUUCUCGUCGUUCUCCCCUUCCACGUCAUCCGACGACAUCCUCAUAUCUAAAGCACUCAACAUGGCGACCCUCAGGUCAUAUGGAUCUCACUCCUCGCUUCCUCAGGCUACCUCCAAUCUUCCCUCUGUAGCGCAGGCAGCUUCCUCUACGCAUUCCUCUUUGGACGGGGUCUCUGUGUCUAACACGUUCGGAGUAGAUAACGAUACCCCCUCUCAACACAUUACUCGCGCGCGUAUGACGCUUAAGGAGGAUAUCGACAAGCUGAGAGACGAAUCGACACGCAGAUUGAAUACCAUCGAGACCGAUAUCGAGAGUAUCAGGCUCACUCUAGACCAGCAUGAUGAGAAAUUCACCUCCAUCGAGACGAGGCUCACUUCCGUCGAGACGAGGCUCACUUCCGUCGAGACGAGGCUCACUUCCGUCGAGACGAGGCUCACUUCCAUCGAGACGAGACUCACCUCCAUCGAACAGACGUCACAAUUGCGGUAUGACACGAUUCAAAAGCAGAUAUCAGGUUUAUCUGAUAGUCUCGAGGCCAUCUCCCUCCAUCUCAAGAUGCGCACCUCCGUGGAUAACUUGCCGUCUUCCCAGAUAACGGACAAUACCACCAACGCUGCGACCCAGCUCAUCCCACAAAUCUCGAGAUCUUCCCCUCCGUGGGAACCCAUCCAAAUUUCUCGGGACCACAUCCGCGCCCCUUCCGAUCCUCCCUCUCCUGGCCCCUCUACUCGCAGGCUUCCACAUGCUGAAAGGGUUGAUUUUCCCGUCAAUCUCUCCGAAGUCGAUGUGCAUCAGCUACUUUCCGAAGCCCGUGUCGACACAGGCCCGGAAACCAAGCAUGCAGUCAAGGGACUGCUCCAGAAUUUCAAGACCGUCAUUAGGCGCGCGAGUUCGAAGAGUCUCAAGAGCUCCAAGAGCGUCAAGAGUUUCAAGAGCACGAAUUAAUAGCAGUAGUGGGCGCAAUUACUGUUUACCGUCGUCCUGCACGAAGCCACGGACGGCACUUCCCUUCGUCUAUAAACACAUCCUCUCCGCGUCUUUCGUUUGAUCACAAUCCACACACUCCCUCGGCCUUCUCUUGAUGACGCUAGUAGUCGUUGUCGAUUCUUCGCCUCUCGUGUAUAUUUAUUGUGCUUUGACUCGUUCUGACCGUCUCGCUCGCUCUCGCAUGUCGCUUUGUACGUUACUCUGUCCUUGUUAUCGUAUGCUCUUGUAUCUAUCAUCUUGGUUACCUUAAACCGCACGUCCGGCAGCAAGCCACGCUCUGCAUGAAAGUCAGGCAUCCAUACAUACGAUGAUCCCGAUCUUCUCCACUGUUAUCCUUCAGCAACCCGUCACGCCCCCCUCCACCCUUGGCUGCUGUAUGAGCGGUAUAGGACGGGGAGCUUCUCGCACGACGUGCGACGCAGAAGAUUGGCAAGGAGGAGACGCGGCGGCUGACGCGCCCCCAUCGUCUACCCUGCACUCCUCUCCCGCGUCGCCGAGGCCUUCCGCGUGCGCGUUCUUGAGCGGCGACAUGCCUUGCCUUUGCGCACGCGCUCAGCAAGUUCAUCCUGCCCCUGCACCCCGACUCGGCGUCCAUGCAGGAGAGCGGCUUCUCACCCUCGCACGACCCCUCCUCCACCGACUCGCCGCUACCGUCGCUAGGUGAACCCGAGCGCGACGACUCAAGAUGCACCCUGCGCUCUGCUCAGACGCGCUACAUGCGCUCGAACGUGUCAACAAGGAGGGCAAGGGCAAGCUGGCGGCGGAGAGACAAGACGGGAAAGGGAGGGCUGAUUGUUACGAGGGUAUGUCCCUCCUCUCGUGUUUCUUCUUGCCCCUCCCUUAACAUUUCCGCCGCACGCACGCAUCCCCUCGAACUCAUGCACACGCGUCCUCUCUCCUCUCAACAGCCUUGAACUCUACGCACCUUGGACCGCGCCGCUUCACUGUCUCAAGGCCGACGUCCCGUCCUUCGACCUCACGCACCGCCGCCACGCACUGUC